CACAUUUUAGUUUAUUUAAAAAUUAAUUUAAGUAAUUCUAGUUGAUUGUAAAUAAAAUGGAUGACGACAUCUCCCUUCCUGCCGACACUCUGGCUAUUUUAAAUGAAUUUCUGGCGGAACGUUCAAAACGGGAAGCCGAGGAAGAGGAUCGGAUUCUUAACAAGACCGGCAAGGAUGGCCUCUUUGAAGAAGAUUGGCAAUUAAGCCAGUUUUGGUACAGCACGAAGACCAAACUUAUAGUGCGGGAUGUUGUCGGAAAACUGCUGAAAGAGCAAGGCGAGCAUUCAAGCGGAUUUAGAAUAGCUUUGCUAUCCUGUCCAUCGUUGUACAAGGACAUCAAGGAUAUUCACAGUCAAGUUACAAUAUUCGAGUAUGACACACGAUUUGAAGCCUAUGGAACAGAUUUUCAGCACUACGAUUUUAAUUGUAUAGAAAACAACCCAGAUUAUCUCAAGGAGCACCAUCAGCAAUACGACCUUGUCAUAGCAGACCCACCGUUUCUCUCCCAAGAGUGCAUUACAAAAGUAUCCGAGAUAAUCACAAAGUUACAGCGGAACCCAGAAAAAUCAAAGCUAAUCUUCUGCUCCGGGGAGGUGGUAGAACCGUGGCUGACCGCCUCCUUGCCCGUUCACAAGUGCAGCUUCCACCCAGAGCACGAACGGAACCUCGGUAACCAGUUUGUCAGUUAUGCAAAUUUUGACUUGGACAAUUAUAUUGAAAAUAAAUAA